AACUCCCACCUUCCGGGAUACAUCCCCUUAAAUCUGUACCAUCUCCUUCUCCCUCUUGCUAACGAAAUAAUUUCACAGUUCUGUGUGUUAAUCUUCGGCUAUAAAAGAGCGGGGUUCAGCCCUUGUUAACGGGACUGUGGUCCCUUUCACACAGCUGCUGUCUCUGACAAGGGUCUAUUUGCUGGGAAGCUCUGGGACCGUCCCACCUGCGCAACAAAUCCCUGUCCGCUUGGUUUUCUGUUUCUAUCAGGAUGGAGCCGACAACUCAAGAGGAGACUAUUCCGCCCCUUAGGGAACAUCAAGCUCUUGUGAAACAUACUGGAGGAUGUCACUGUGGAGCUGUACGCUUUGAAGUGAGGGCCACUGCAGAUUUGCAUGUCUUUCACUGCAAUUGCAGUAUCUGUACAAGGAAACAGAUUAAAGCAUUCAUCAUUCCAGCCUCCCAAUUCAGACUCCUCAAGGGAGCUGACAACUUAACUGUUUAUACAUUCAACACAAAGGUAGCAAAACAUACUUUCUGCAAAACAUGUGGUGUGCAAAGUUUCUACACCCCUCGUUCCAACCCUGAUGGAUACGGUGUGAUGGCUCACUGCCUGGAUGAAGGUACUGUGAACAGCAUCACUAUUGAAGAGUUCAAUGGCAAGAACUGGGAGAAGAGCAUGAAGGAGCACCAGACCAUUCAGAAUUUGUCUAAGUCAUAAUCUAAGCUAGGGCCAGGCUUGCUGGCCAAAUUGAGGGAGCGAGUGAUGAAUGAAUAGAUCAUGGCAGGCCACUCAUUGAUUGCAUUUAAGUAAGCUCUUUCCCUUUUGGUAAAACCCAGUCCCAGUGAGCACUGAGAUCAUGACAGCUACUUAUGAACACCAAAGCCAGAUUAAAAACCGUCACAGACACUCUGAAAUGGACGACAGAACCUCAACUAUUUAAAAAUACUGCAACCUUUUGUCAUGCAAUUAUUAUUAAAUUGAAAUAAGUUAUAACGCAGCAUAACUUCAGUGUUUCAGUCAUCCCAGGUAAACUGCAGCAUAGAGGCAGUGUUGCUGCUGAUGUAAUGAAAGCUAUUGAAAGGUAUAUGAUUAAACCAGUGUAAAACAAA